UCUAAACCGGAUAUCCGUUCUGCUCCCCGAGCGACGAGAAACUUCGCCACACGUGGAGUUCAGAAGAAAAAAAGCGAGUUACCUGCAACCUUUUGAGUCUUUUUCCAUAUAAAAAAGCUCGUCGGUAUAUUUUGUAUUCUUUUAAGCUAUAAAACAAUUUUCGUCGAGAUGUUUCUGCAGUUUUACCUAAACGAGGCCGGGGACCGAGUCUACACUCUGAAGAAGGUUCGUCCUGACGGUCAGCCCACCAGCUCGGCCCACCCGGCCCGGUUCUCCCCAGACGACAAGUUCUCUCGGCACCGGGUGACGGUGAAGAAACGCUUCAACCUUCUGCUCACCCAGCAGCCCAGGCCUGUUCUGUGAGAGAGAGAGAGUGAGGCGAGCCAUGGAUGGAGGUCAGACCAAUAAAUGGAGGGAUGAAGGUGAAGCGGAGGACUAUAAAGCAAAAAAACACAUUCAGGAUCCCAAAUUAUAAAAGUGCUGCCAGGACUUGUCUUCAGUUUCACCCAAAGCUCCUGGUGUUCCGGUGUUGAAUAUCAGCUGUCGUUGAUGUUAAGGGUCGUCUUUUUACGUACCCUAAUUUGUUGACCGUCAUUUAAGUUUAUAAUUUUGUUUUCAUGCUGAAUAAAUGUUUGGUUGAUGGUUUGCAGUG